AUGAUGACGCCCAGGGCUCUGGGGGUCCUGCUUCUCUCACUCCUCCUGCUCUGGGCCUCAGGUGAGCAGAGGAAAACUGAGCAAUCAAGAAACGUCUGCCUGGGGCUCAUCAAUAAGGACCAGUAUGAAGACUUCCACCUGGAGAACACUGCUGACUGCUUCACAAAGUGCUCAGAGUCAGGGAAUGAACCCUGUGACCUGGAAAACUUGCAGAGGUACUGGCUGAAAUUCGAGUACCAUCUGCUGGAGAGUCCGAUGAGCAUAGUGAAUACGUCUUUUUUGAAGGCUGCUGUCCAGAAUGUCAGCACCCACAUCUCAGAAGACUUGUUCUUCUCCCUGACGCCUUCCCAGGUUCCAGGGCUGGUGACAGAGGAUGAGCAUGAACACCCCGACAGAGUCCGGCUGCCCAGGAGUCUCUUUGAAUCCCUGCAGGAGAACAGGUCGGAGGUCUUGCUGGCCAUCACUAUCCUGGACAUUGGUCCGGGGAAUCUGUUCAAGGGCCCCCAGCUCAGCCUGGAGGAUGGCAGCCGCGUGUUGAAUAAUCGCCUGGUGGGCCUGAGCUUGGGCCGUAUACCUGUCAGAAGGCUGGCUGAGCCUUUGGAGAUCACCUUCUCCCACCAGCACCUACCCCCUAACAUGGCCCUCAGCUGUGUGUUCUGGGAUGCUACUAAAGGUACAACAGGAGACUGGUCUUCCACGGGCUGCUCCACGGAGCUCAGAGCCAAGAGGACCAUCUGUCGCUGUGACCAUCUGACCUUCUUUGCUUUGCUGCUGAAGCCGAUCUUGGACCAGGCCACCGUCCAGUUCCUCAUUCGCAUUUCCCAGGCUGGCUGUGGAGCCUCUAUGACCUUCCUGGCUUUUACCAUUGUCCUCUACGCUGCCCUAAGGUGCUACCGGCAGAGGUUCAAGUCAGAAGACACCCCCAAGAUCCAUGUGGCCCUGAGUAUGAGCUUAUUUCUCCUGAAUCUCACCUUCUUCUUCAAUAUGGGGCACAGUCCUCAGCUGUCGGGUGCCACCUGCCAGGCCCGGGCGGCUGUCUUCCACUACUUCCUGCUCUGCACCUUCACCUGGAUGGGCCUGGAAGCCUUCCACCUCUACCUGCUCGUCAUCAAGGUCUUCAACACCUACUUUGGGCACUACUUCCUGAAGCUGAGCUUCGUGGGCUGGGGCCUGCCUGCCCUCAUCGUGUUUGGCACCGGGACUGCGGACAGCUAUGGCCGCUACACCAUCCGCGACAAGAGGAACGCCACCACCCUGGAGCUGUGCUGGUUCCAGGAGAAUACGGCUGUCUCUGCCCUCUAUGUCACUGUCCACGGCUACUUCCUCAUCACCUCCCUCUUCAGCGCUGUGGUGCUGGGCCUGGUAGCCUGGAAGAUUUUCACUCUGCCGAGGGCCACAGCGGGCAAGGAGCAGGAACCAAACUGGAAGGGGGUCCUCACCGUGCUGGGGCUCUCAAGCCUGGUGGGUGCCACGUGGUGGCUGGCCAUCCUCAUGCCGCUGGGCUGGCCCACCAUCUAUAUCUUCGCACUUUUCAACUCCCUGCAAGGUGUCUUCAUCUUCUGCUGGUUCACCACGCUCUACUUCCCCAGCCGGAGCGCCGUGGCCUUCUCCUCUAGCGUGCCCCGAGCUGACCAGGUCCACACCACGUUUCAUGAAUAGGAGGCCUCCGUGGGGUCAGGCUGGGAGCCGGCCCCACGUUCUGGACUCAGCUCUGACUCCCCAUGUGGCCUCAGGCUGCUCCCUGUCUCGCUCUGGGCUUCAGUUUCCGUGUUUUUACAACGUGGCUGGGGAGGGAGGAGAUGGGAACCAGAGGGGACCACCUGGCCUCAAAGGUUCCGUCCAGAUACUUUGAUGGGUCCUAAAGUCCACGAAUCAAGGAUAGUAGGAAUCUAAGUUUCUGAUUCCCCGAAGACCCCUGCCAGCACAGAGAGGUGCCCCCUCAUCCCU